AUGCAGGGUGUAUGGGCUGAGGCACAUGAGGCGAAGGACUGUGACGAGUCGAAGAAGUGCCACGGGUGUGGAUCGUCAGCACACCUGUGGAGGGAGUGUACGGCUUGUCACAAGUCGUAUGCAGUUGCAGCUGGUGGGGGAGCAGGGGCAGGAGCGGGGGAUGGAGGAGGAAGAGGAGGAGGAGUUCCAGACCCAAGCGCAGGGCCAGAGGCAAUACCAUCGACGACGGAGGAGGAGCCGAGAACAGCAGCGGGAGGAGAGGGGGACGGGCAGGAGACUGCCGUAGCAGUUCUGGAAGGAGAGGUGGUGCCGGAGACUGAGAUGGACGGGAGUGUGGGAGAGGAGGUGCCGGAGAUGGAGGCGGCGGAAGGAGAGGAGGUCGGGGAGGAGCCAGCCACAGCCCUGGGAGGAGAGGAGAAGCGGGGAGAGGGGGGGCCGGAGUGGGGGGAAAGUGAGAUGUCAAGUGCCCAGGGGGAUGAGGUGAGGGAAAUGAUGGAGGAGCUGGUGAUCAAGGGGGGCUGGGUCUCCCCACUGCCGGCGUCUCCAAAGAAGAGAGGGAAGAGGAGGGGGAGAUCCUCGGACAGGAAGAGGGAAAUGGGUGGUGGGGGAGAGGGGUGGGGCCAAGCGUGUCAUGGGGGAGAAGGGUGCUGUGGGGGAAGAAUCUCCUGUGUCCUCGCUGCCCCCCCCCAACGCACAGGGGGAGGAGGGCUCAGGAUCCCCUGCACUGUUCCCAAACCUGUUUUGAGAUUGGGGUUUUGGAGGUGGAUGGUGGUGAGCCAAGGAUGCAGGGAACCCAGGAGCCAAACACCAUUCCUGCAUCCUGGGUUGGAGAGAUGGAGGGGAGUGGGGGGGCAUCUGGGGUGGAGUCGGAGUCCCUACAGGAGGACAUGGAGCAGGGGAGCAUCAGGUGAGCCUCCUGUUUUGUUUUGUUUUUUGGGGUUUAGUAGGUUGUAAUUUGUGAAAUGUAUUAUGGCAGGGAUUAUUUUUGUUACUUUAAAUGUGAGGGGAAUAAGGGAGGAUGUUAAAAGAAGGGCAGUUUUGGGGUAUUUAGAGGGGGUGGGUUUUGAUGUUUGUUUUCUACAGGAGGUUCACCUAAGGGAUAGUGGGGAUGUAAUAAGGUUUAAGAGGGAGUGGGACAUAGGAGUAUAGGAUUUGUUUGGGGUAUAGGAGGGGUGCACUCAUCAGGGGUAGGGUUUUUGUUUGGGAAUAGGGAGGUGAAGGUGGAGGGCACUUUGGUAGGUAUGCAGGGGAGGGUUUUGGGGGUGGAUGUCACAGUAAGGGAUGAUAGAUAUAGGAUAUGACUAGGUCCCUUGCCAUCAUUGGGGAAUUCACCCGAGCGUCGGGAGCGGUUCUCAAUCACGCUAAGUCUUCCGUUAAGUUUUUUGGAAGAUGGCGUGGGAGGACGGAUGUGCCUGGGGGGAUAUCUCUCUGUAUCGGGGCCCUGAGAUUCUCAGGGUCUUGUUUGAGACCUCCGGCUCAGCGACGCUGAACUGGAACAGGAGCAUCGCAGUGGUACAGAGGAAGCUGGGGAUGUGGAGGGAUAGGUCGUUGUCCUUUAUAGGCAAGGUCCUGGUCCUCAAGGUGGAUGUGUUGCCGUCUCUUUUGUAUAUGGCGUAUGUCUACCCAUUGCCAGUUAGUCUGAGGAGGCCUCUAGUGAGGCUAGUGUUUCAGUUCAUGUGGGGUGGCAGGCUCGAGCGUGUCGCGAGGGUUCGCAUGCUCUGUCCCAUCGGGGAGGGAGUUAGGGGGGUACCACAUUUCCCCCUCAAGCUGGACUCGAUUUUUGUUUCUUAUUUGUUGACUGAGCUGGCUUAUCCGGUAAUACAUCCGUCUGGUUACUUCCUGCGGGUGUUUUUCUCUUACCAGGCAAGAAGCGUAAUGGUGUGGACUAACACGGGUCCUCGGGCGGAACAGCUGCCGUGGCACUUUGGCUAUGCGGCCAAGUGGCUGCGUGGUCACCUCGAGGUUGAAGUUGCCCGAGUAGGUUUAGAUCACAGGCACCUGUACGAAGAGGUGAGACGGGGAGGGUGUCCCGGGCCAGUAUUGGGUAUCCCGGCUGUGGUUUGGGAAGGAGUGCAGGUGCGAGGUCUGGAUAACAGGCUCAAGGACCUGAAUUGGUUGAGCCUCCAUAAGGGCUUGCCCGUACGUUCCAUCUUGUACGGGCGUUGCAUGACUCGAUCCCCCACUUGCCCAAGGCCAACUUGUGGCGGGGAGGAGACAUUGCGCCAUGUUUUUUGGGGCUGUGCUUUCGCCGGGGUGGUAUGGGCUAGGGCACAGGUGUUGAUAGGCAGGGUGGGGGGGGGGGUUAUGUUGUGACGUGGGCUAGGGUAGAGAGAGGUGUAGGGAAAGUGAGGGGGACGGUUAGGGACAGGUUUCUGCUCUGGCUUCUCAUAAGCCUCUUUAAAUGGGGGUUGUGGAAGCUAGGCAGAAAAUGGAAAGGACAGGGAGAGAAGGGGGUGUGGAGGGGAUAGUGAAUAGGAUGGAGCAGAAUUUGAGGGGGAGAAUGAAGAGAGAGGAGAGGAAGUGGGGGCAGCAUGCUGCUCGGGAGAGGUGGAAGGGGGGUUUAGGGUUAGGGUUAGUGUAGAGGGGUAGGGAUUUAGGAUUUGUGUGUGUGUUUUUAGCUGGGUAUAAAGGGGGAGGGAAGGUGCUCCCCUGGGGUGUAAUUUCUGUUAUUGUUCGGUUUUGUGGGUGUUUGAUAUAUAUUGUGGUGGGUAGUUUUGUAUUGUUAUUUUUAGUGAUGUUGGGGUUGGGAAUUAAUGGUGUGUGUAAUGUGUAUGAUGAUGUAUGGUGUGGAUUUUUGAAUAAAAACGAUUAAUCACUAAUCAGUGUCUAAUCGCGGGACGUAUGGACAGGUACGUGAAAAGUGUUCUCCCUGUUUAUUUAUUAUUUCAGUCAUAGUUAGUAUUUCGUAUUUUUGGCUGUCUGCCUGUUUUUUGGAGACUUAUUUGCUCCUCCUUUCUUUUUCGUGUAAAGUCCGUUAUUUUGUAUCCUGGCUUCGGGACCAUCAGUAAAGAUCCUUGUUUCACCAUCUCUGCCUACUGCCUACUGUCUAACCUGCACCGCACCUGGGUCACACCUAAUAAUAAUAAUAUGCCAUUUAGCAGACGCUUUUAUCCAAAGCGACUUACAUCAUGCGUGCAUACAUAAUUUCAGUGCUGAGUUAUGUGACUUAAUGUGUAGCAGCUAAUUGUAUAGCUAAUAGGCUAUGUAGAUCGACUGAGGUGAGUGAAGCUACAGCAACCAAUGUGAUAAUAGCUGGGGUAAUCUUUGCUUGUUUUUGCUGUUCUGCAAAUUGCAUUUUAGAGUUUUUGUUGUUGUUGUGAGGAUCACCACCCCCCCCCCCCCCCCCCCCCCCCCCCCCCCCCCCGGCUACAGCAUGGUAUUAUUAACUGUAUCUAUGCAACCAAUCCAUGGAGUAUUAGAUAGCUCAUGAAACAAUAUUGACAUGGCAAGGUUGCAGUUUCAUUAUGUGUGGUCUGGCUAGCCUCGGCAGACAAUGAGCUUUGUUUUUGUUCAUCUCAUUAUGUCCUCACUAUGUGCUCAUUUUAGUCCUGGCUGCUCGUGCGGCUGGUGAGAGGAGAUGAGUGUUGGACAGUGAUGAGCGGGAGUGUUAUGAAUGCUGGGAGAAUGAUUACCACAACAAAGAGCCUGAUGGAGAGAGAGCCAGUGGGCAGGUCCUCUAGACCUCAACUCAACACACAAACCGUUCACGCUCGCUAGGGCAUUUUUAGCACAGGAUCAUCAGUGGUCCCUAACUGUAUAUCUGUUCCCAUAAGGGUUUGGGCAGCCAGAAAUAUAUUGCAGAUCAUUGUGAUCUGUAUUUAAUAGGACAGCUAUACUCUAGCUUGUGUUGUUUGCUUGCAUCUGUUUGUCUGUCCCUGGAUGACAGGGGGAGUAAGGAGAAUGUGAAUAACAUUACCCAAUUGUGACUAUUUCUGUCUGAUGGCAUAUGCAUGACAGGUGCAUUUUCACUUUCUCAUUUGACACUUUAUAUAUCUCUCCACUCUCUAAUCUAAAAACAAUCAUCUUUCUCACCCCAGCUGUGGAAAAUCUCAACUGUUAUAAAGUAAUGUAAGAAGCCUUUUCACACACUGAAACAGAAGAAUGGAGAAGGACAGUCUUCCUCUUCUCGACCUUCUUUCUCUCAUGCUGACUGCUGCAUCUCCCUCCCUCCCUCACUCCUUCCCAUCCUCCCCCCUUCCCAUCCUCCCUCCCUCCCUCCGUCCUUCCCUCCGUCCCUCCCUCCGUCCCUACUUUCCUCCCUGCCUCCCUCCCUCCUCCAGUCCCUGUCAGACGUUUUGUUGCCUUUAUUUCCUCCUGUCCCUCCCAUCCUGUCGUUCAGCCACUGUGAUCCCCAGUGUUAG